CCUCGACGGCAAGACUUUUUCAGUGUCGUUCAGGUGUUCAUUGAAGUGUUGAUCCCAAGGGUUGAUCCCAAGUGUUGAUUCGGAAUUGUUGUUUAGUAUUAAGUGAUCAAAAAAAACUCUGCAACUGUAAAAGGUAAUAUCUCAAGUCACAAUCAUAUUUUGAAAGCUAGUCAUACUUGUUUAAAUGAAUUAAUUGAUUUAUAUUUCUUAAAUUAGUCAUGCAUGUUUAAACAGAUAAUCAAUAUAUAUGUUUCAAUAUUUCUAAAAUACCAUACAAGAUUAAAUACGUUAAAAAAGUGUGGGGGGGGGGGGUGGCUGCUAAUUAAUUACAAAGAGACGUGAAGGAACGUUAAAAUUGGAAACCUAAUUUUCUGGGUCUUCCCGACCCCCUCCCCCUCCCCCCCCCCCCUCCUGGCUUGUAAAAAAAAAGUGGGGGGGGGGGGGGGUGGCUGCUAAUUAAUUACAAAGAGACGUGAAGGAACGUUAAAAUUGGAAACCUAAUUUUCUGGGUCUUCCCGACCCCCUCCCCCUCCCCCUCCCCCCUCCUGGCUUGUAAAAAUAAUUCGGGAUGAAGUUUCUUUGUUUAUCAAACUCCUUAUAUAUGUUCGAGUCCAGUGCGUGGCCCAAUGCAUUCUGGUGACAUCGAUAUCUUGUAUUUUUGGUUGUUGUGUUGUGUUGUUGCUCUUACAACUGAAUCAACUUCCUGCCGCAGCAAAACCCAAAGUAAACACUGACCACUUUUCUCUUUGUCCAAUUAUUUUUUGUAAUUUUUUAAUUUAAUUUUUUCUAAAAUCUUGAUUAGAGGAAAAUCUUGACAUUUCUUUAUUUCCAGGCUACAAUUGGUCAUGUCAGCUGAAACAGUCAAAGCCACGGUUGUCUACCUGCUAGCCGCGUGUUUUUCUGUCUGUGCCGCCGGAAACAGCGGCAAUAGUUAUGUACUCCCUAACAAUUACUUCUACGCACCCAAUCAGGGCAACGCCAUACAAGAUCCAUAUUUGAGAACCCUUGACAACUUCCUGUCUAUGAUUUCAUUUGAAAGCCAGGACCAAUGCAUAGAGAUCAUGUGCGCCCCUCUACCAAGCAAAGAUAGUUAUAGAACACCCGUUGUUUUCCGUAAAGUCGAGAACUCUAAUGACGUCCCCAGAUAUUUUCCAGGUCAGUCUCAACAAAACUUGUAUCCGUUUGGACAAUUCGACGAGCUGCAACGUGCCCUGGGGGAGAACUCAAAAUUUGUACGAGAUGAGAGGGGGAACAUACUAGGCGUUGCCGCAAGUAAUCCAUAUUACCAGGCCAAAGAUCAAGGACAAAGUGGUUAUUACAGUAAUAAUGACUCACAACCGAGACCAGUACAGCCAGUCUUUCCAGCCAAUUCAGACGUCUGCUGUACCACGUGAGAUUUACUGAUUGCUUUUUUUUUUCUUUCUAGCUUGUGUCGUCUUGUGGUCAUUGAGUGUCCUUUAAAAUAUGUUGACCCCACGUCCUAAUAAGUGUUGUUUGACUGUGCUAUCAUGUUUCUGUGGUCCCCAUGUUUUAGUAAAAGUUUCUCUAGGAUUAGUGUAUUCUUGGGGACCGGGGUCUUAAAUUAAAUCUAGCUUUUGUGCAGUAUCACAUUUACAAGGAAUUAUUGGAAACAAGGUGCGGGGAAACCCGAAAAGCUGGCCGCAAGAAAACAAGAAACAGAGACUAACAUAGAAAUACAAAUGAAAAGUUGGCUGAAAUGUUGAGUCCGAGAGGACAGCACAAAGAAUAAAGUGUCACAGUUUAGCUUUCAAAGUUUGCAAUAUAAUCUACUAGCCAAUAGGACCAACAAGCCAAUAGAAACUUCUAGCCAAUAUAACCUACUAGUCAAUAUAACCUACUAGCCUGUUGCACACUGUCAUCUAUUGUGAGAAACUAAUCUCUUAUUUUAAUUGUAUGGCUCGUUCGAAACAGUGCCUAACAAAGGACGAGGCCAUAGAGAAAUACAAUAGCAAAAAUGCGACACUCAAAACAGUACUAAUUAAUUACAAUUAAUGAGAUUUAUUUAAGUAUUAAUAUAAUUACAAAACAAAAGAAAUAUAAUUGCAAUCAUCAACUUACAGAGUGGUAUGUCUUGUACCGGUACACAGUUAGUACAAUGUGCCAAUUAAAAGUGUACAAUGAUGAAUGCGAAUAAACACAGAUAAUAAUACACUUUGAUUCUUGGAGACCAUCUUAUUCAAAAAUGUCAAACGUUUGUGAUCAGUAAAAACAAGUACUGAAUGUAGAGAACAAAUGGCAUAAAAAUCAAAUUGUUGGAGAGCAAGAAUUAAACCUAAACAUUCUUUCUCUACUGUAGAAAAGUUUUUCUGAUGUGAGUUAAAUUUCUUUGAGAAAUAAGAGACAGGAUGAUUUACACCGUGGUCAUCUUCUUGAAAAAGAACUGCACCAAUGGCAACGUCACUGGCAUCUAUAGCUAAUUUAAAUUGUUUGUUAAAGUCUGGUGCAAUUAGGACAGGAGCAUUAGCUAGUAUAUUUUUAAUGUUUUCGAAUGCUUCCUGACAAGCAUCUGACCAAUGAAAUUUUGCAUUUUUCUUUAACAUAUUAUUUAAGGGAGAAGCAAUAACUGAGAAAUUUUUGCAAAAUUUUCUAUAGUAAACUGAAAUUCUAAAAAAUCUCAUUAACUGUUUUCUAGUAGUGGGUGGUGGAAGUGAUACAAUAGCAUUUAUCUUAACUUGAACAGGCUUUACAUGACCUUGACCCACUAUGUGACCUAAAUAUUCCAAAGUUGCAUGACAAAAUUCACACUUAUUUAAGUUUACAGUUACAUUUGCCUGCAAAAAACUGUUAAACAGAGAUCUCAACUUAUUUACAUGAUUUGAAAAAUCUUGACUGUUAAUAAUUACAUCAUCAAUAUAGGCGCUGCAAUUUUCCUGGUCAGCAAUAAUGUUAUUUUCUAGACGUUGGAAUGUAGCUGGGGCAUUUUUCAUUCCAAACGGCAUUACUUUAUAUUGGUAUAAACCAUCUAGAGUGCAGAAAGCAGGGAUUUCUUUUGCUCUGUCAGAUAGAGUAACCUGCCAAUACCCUGAUAGUAGGUCUAUCUUGGUUAAAUAUUUGACAUCGCCUUUUCGAUCUAUAAGAUCGUCUAUCCUUGGAAUUGGAAAGGAAUCAGACUUUGUAAACAUAAGUCAUUUAUCUGUUAAACAAUCUCAGCCAGUCCUUACCCGUUUUUUACUCUACUCAGCUGACCCCGACGCACUUGGUGGUAUUGUUAAACACGCAAAGCCUUAGCUUCAUACGUAGAAGGUGAAGAAUAAAAUGGAUUUAUGCAUUAACUUCUUCAGAGCAACCUUUCCGUUGAAGUUUCCGGUUUUCCGAAUAAAGUUAUCCGAACCACCCUUGGUAAAUUUAUAUAUAUAUAUAAUAUACAUAUAUAUUAGUUUGGAUAAUCGGCCUUCUUAUAUAUUUUCUAUUACAUUUUUCCUUUAAAUUUUCUAUUCACUAUCAUAUCUAGUCGGACACUAGUUGCUGGAUAACCGAGUAGACUAAACAGAGUCAAUAUAAACAAAAGUACCAGCAUUCCGGGUCGAUGGGACCCGUUAACCUUGGAAGGCAACUCAUCUAAGAGAAGGCGAACUCUAACACUAAGCCCGGAGAAGGAGUCGCGUAGGCAUUAAGACAAUAAAAUUGACACAAUGAAAACUCCGACAACCCCUGCUGUGUCAUCGAAACAUGAUGUCUCCGUGUUUCAUUGACAUAUGAUGUCUCUUUGUGUCGUCGACACAUGAUGUCUCCUUGUGUCAUCGACACAGGACGUCUCCUUGUGUCAUCGACACGUGAUGUCUCCUUGUGUCAUCCACACAUGAUGUCUCCUUGUGUCAUCGACACAUGUCUCCUUGUGUCAUCGACACAUGAUCUCUCCUUGUGUCAUCGACACAUGAUUUCUCCUUGUAUCAUCGACACAUGAUGCCUCCUUGUGUUAUCCAGGUGCGUGGAGAGAUGUCAUUUGUUAUCUAGGGUAAUGGUCCCCAAAUGGCGGUCCGUGGACCUUCACCGGUCCGCAUGCCUAACGGUGCCGUUCCCCAUAACAUAAAUAUUUCUUGUCAAAUAGAAAUAAAAGUAUACAAAUAAAUCACGAACCGGUCCAUGGUAAAAUUUCGAAACUUGUUCACCGUUCCGCCAAACUUAAACGUUUGGGAACCACUGAUCUAGGGAACCAGCGUAUCCUUCUUCUAUAUCUUAAGGGCCCACGAUCAAUGUAUUGAUCAUUCUGGCUCCUAUGCGUGUAAAGGAGUUUAGCAAUGUUUCUGUGCCUGGUGUUGAUGAGGAUAUUUCCCUGGUUGCAAGGGCUACUUAGUGAGGGUAUCAUGCACUGGGGGUCGGAAGGCUUGGGGCAAUAGACACAAAUGUGUCUAGUGUUGUCGCCUCAACUGGUCCUUUUGAAAGCUCGUUCCAGUCCUUGAUUGGCAGGAAUGAGCCUAAAGAAAAAUUCCAAGCCUUAUGAUUUCAUCCUCUAAGUCUAAUUCCUCGACAUAUUGUGACAGACGGAUGCCAAAAUUAUAAUCUAGUGUAUAUGUACAAGAAUAUAUGCUCUGGUAUAUAUGGUCUAGUGCGUAUUAACUAAAAUAUAUGUUCAUUGAAUAUGUCCUAGUGUAUAUGUACUAGUGUAUGUGUUCUAUUGUAUAUUAUUAUGUUGUAUUUGUAUGUGUGCUGGUGUCAAUCUAUCUGUUGUAUGGUAUAAUAGUAUGUUCCAGAUAUGUCUAAGUGUAUGGCAUCGUGUAUAUUAUGUCAUAAGGUAUAUGUCCUAGUGUAUAUGUCCUAGUGUAUAUGUCCUAGUGUAUAUUUCCUAGUGUAUAUGUCAUAGUGCAUAUGUCAUAGUGCUUAUGUCAUAGUGCAUAUGUUAUACUAUAUGUAUAUUGCGUGUAUAAUAUUAUGUUCUAGCGUUUAUGUCCCAGCGUAUAUGUCAUAGAGUACAUGUUCUAGUCUAUAAUAAAUCAUGAAAAUGGUGCAGCUGGGAAUAAAUAAACACAUCAGCCGACAACCCACGAUCAAAAGUGUUUGGUAAACGUCAUCAAUAUUAAUUGUUUGAGCGUGUGUGUGUGUGUGUGUGAGUGUGUAUCUGCGUGUGAGUGUCUGCGUGUGUGUAUCUGCUUGUGUAUCUCCGUGUGUACGUUCCUCUGUGUGUGUUUAGUUGUGUUUACGAUAUUGAGCCUUGAAAAGAGAACUAUGGUUUUGCUAUUCUUUGUUAUAUCGUAUCUUGUUUCGUAUGGUCUCUCCGCUCACACUUUUUGUUAGAUAUUUCAAUUUGACUACUGAAGAUUGUAAUUUCAUUUAAUUAUUUAGUUCUACAAUGCUAAACAUGAACUGUCUGUAUUCAUAUAAGUAUUUACCACUCUUGCGUCCAUAAAGUUAUUAAUUUUUCUGACAUUAACAUUUUAUGCAUUUGACGAUGCAAAAUAAAAAUGUUGUCAUAAGUCCAUGCUAUAUAUCGCAAUGUGUUGUUUCAAAACUCUCAACAGAGAAGAAGCCUAUUUCAUCAACUCGACGCUGACCGAUAUCUUUGGUGUCCGGCGUGUCAUAGCCCAGGACUGGCAGAGGGGAUCACUGCAGUUUAUUCGUCACGGAUUUUGUGGGUCAGUCACCAAGUCCUUUGAGCUAUACACAAAAUACCCUUAAAAUUCUUUUACAUGAAAACAGUUGAACUGUUGUAUUUUUAAAUCCAUUUUAUUACCUUCGCCUUGAGUCGUGGCUGGCAGAUUGGCGGACAAUCAAAAUCUUCAGGGGGCUAAUUGACCCUUUCCCCGUCAAACUAUCGAGCUAAAAUUUAGUACUUAGACUCGUUGCCGAUGACAACACUUUCUAUUAAAGUUUCUGCCCCAACCCCCAAAAUAUUUUUUUCCGGUUUUUCAAGGGGAAGAUGAAAGGAGUAUAAUGAAACUGAUUUCAGGAAAUAAAAUUCCCGAGGACUGGGCAACUUGAGGUUCUUUAAGACAUCACCAGUGGGUUGUGUAAUACUUCCUAUUGGUUUAAAAUGAAAUCGUUGCUGAAAUAAAUCUACGGUGUGAAAGUGGGGGUGGGGGUCAUUAGAAUAUAAUUAUUGUUCAGGGCGUAAAAAAAUUGUGCUGUUGAGGGCCCGGGGGGGAGGGGGGGGCACUAAUUUGGAUUCUUUUAAAGUGCGUUACGUGUAUGCAUGUUUUGUGAAAUUUUCAGCACGCCCCACCCCCCCACCCCCCCCCCCCCCCCCCCCCCCCCCCCCCCAGGGGCGGGGGGGGGGGGGGGGGGCACUAAUUUGGAUUCUUUUAAAGUGCGUUACGUGUAUGCAUGUUUUGUGAAAUUUUCAGCACGCCCCACCCCCCAUCCCCCACCCCCACCCCGCCCCCACCCCGCCCUUUACACACUGUUCGAUAUUACAAUUUAUAAAGGAUUUAUAGGCAACGCUUUGUUUUUUUAGGGCUGUUUUAAUUAUUUAUUUAUGUUUUGUGACGACUUUUAAACACAGUUUUAUUUUAUUUUUUUAAUUCAAAUGUAAUAUUAGAAUUCACGGCUGAUGUAAUGAUUCAUGUAAUAUCAUAAAGAUAGAUGUAAUGAUUCAUGUAAUAUGAGUGUUAUAUAAUAAUAGGGUAAUAACCCAUUGCGUCACAUCCGUAUCACUCUCUUCAACGAAUGUUUCAUCCCACAGGACGAGAGGCGUGUGUCCAGGGGAAUGUAUACAAAUAUUUGUUAACACGCCACUGAUCAUCUCCCCUCCUGACCCUGGCC